AUGCAAAUAAAAAUCUAUAUAAUUUCAAAUUUUAAAAAAUUUUUAAAAACAAUAGAUGCAAGCCCUCUGCUUUCUGAAAAUGAUCCGCAACAACAAGAGCAACAAGAACAACCAAUUCCACAUGCUUUACAAGAACCAAAAAGUCCAAAGAACAACAAAAACAACAAGAGAUUCUACAAGAACAACAAAAGCAACAAAAUCCAUCCAAACUGCAGAAAUAUGUGGAACAUCAAAAAUAACAAAGGUAGAGGAAUGGUAGAAAAGAGAGCAAGGAUCAAAGAAUAG